AUGCCAGUCCAGAAAGUAAAGAAAAAUGAUGUCUCAGUGUUAGAUGAAUGGGCACAUCCACUAAACAGGCUAUGGCAAAAUCAGCCAUUAGAUUUUGAAAGUGAAGAGAUCUAUAAUUCCAUUAUGUCAAGAAGAAUGCCUUUUUGUGCUGUGUGCUCUAUGUUCAGAGCAAUUAGUAAAGCCAGUUUACAAAAAUCUAACACCAUCAGUGUACCAGAGAAAACCUUACCGAUGAUACCAGAUGCUGUCUUUGUUAGCAGUGCAGAAUCCCCAAGUGUAUUUGGUGUUCAUCCCUCAAUGGAUACUGAUGGUUGUAGUCCACUAUUGGUUUGUGAGGAUUGUCAAGUCUGUGUACAUGCCAGUUGCUAUGGUGUUAAAGAUGUUCAAACUGAUAUCUCUUGGAAAUGUGAUAGAUGCCAAGAAAAUGCUGUAAAUGCUGAAUGUGAAGUAUGUUUCUUAAAAGGAGGAGCCUUAAAGCAAACAACAUCGCAGCAAUGGGUACAUCUAAUCUGUGCUCUAUCAUUAAAUGAUAUCAAGAUAAGAAAUGUAGAAGAAAAGAAAGAUAUAGUUAUAGACAAUAUACCACAAGCCAGAUAUAAAUUAAAAUGCUGUUACUGUUCCCCACUGACAAAGAACUGGAGUAAAAUGACACCAUGUAUGCAGUGUUCACAUGGAAAGUGUUUUACGGCGUUUCAUGUAACAUGUGCUCAUGCAGCUGGCAUGCAGUUUGAAACCAGUGAUUGGCCACAUCCAGUUUAUGUAACUUGUACCAAACACACUUCAAAACAGGUCAAACCCAAAAAAGCUGAUAGAUUAAAACUUGGAGAUUGGGCGUUUGCUAAAUAUAAAAAUGGCCGCUUCUACAAGGCCGAAGUAGUAGAUGUUGAACCCCAUUUAUAUUAUGAAGUGGAUUUUAAUGAUGGAUCAUAUAGUGAUAAUCUUUUUCCCGAAGAUAUUGAGAAUUUUGACUGUGUAAAUAAUGGCCCACCACCAACUGGUACACCUGUGAAUAUUAAAUGGACUGAUGGUGAUAUUUAUGGUGCUGUAUUUAGAGGUAUCAACUGUCAAGAUGUCUACACAAUUGAGUUUGAAGAUAGAAGUCAAGUUAUAGCUAAAAGAACAGAUGUGUGGACAGAAGAUGAAGAUAUUCCUAAACAUAUCCGAGCUAAAAUGUCGACAGCUACAGAAAGAAGAUAUGAUAUGUUCUAUUCUAAUGUUGUACAGGAUGCUAGAAGACCUAAACCUAAAGUUUCCUAUCGAGCUAUGUUAGAUGCUAUGAAAACAGCUAACAAAUAAGGCACAACCUAACUGAUACUGACUGUUCAGAACCAUAUGCAUUACACUGCCAGAGCCUGAAUAGUUCUGUUUGAAAUCUUAAUUCUUGUGGUUGUUACUUUUUACAUUAAUCCUCCUUGCUGUUCAAAGCAAAGAUAUUUCUGCUCAUCUUCAGAUUCUAAACAUAAAACGAGUAGUCCACUUUAUUUUAGGUAGUUUAAGUAGUUAUCAACACGAUGUAAGUUUAGUCUGCAUGGAUUAUAUUACUAUCAAUUUUACCCUGAAAUUAAAUGGACUGCUCGUGUUUGUGUUUUGAAUCCAUUUGCUUGACUAUACAUCUACGUUGUAAAGCCACAGACCUACAAUUAUUCAGUUCAUUAAGACCUAUUUAUAACAUGAAUCAUAAAAGACAAGUUAUUCAAAACACAAGUGUACUAAUUUUGCAUUUAAUAAGCAAGGCAUUAUGAAAAGUAGUAGACCUCAUUAUUAGGUCCAUUCUUCUAAAAUUUCCCCUAGUUAAAAAUUACUUUUCCAAGUACUUGUUAUACAUUGUUUACAAGGAUUUGUUGUAAAUAUUUUUAUUAUUGGUAAUUUGUUGACAUUGAAGAUAUAUUUUCACUCUAUUGUAUUUAUUAAUUUUGGGGAUUUCUCUCCUUUAAAAUAAACAAAUUUGCAUAUUCUUAAUAAAAUCAAUUAAAUACUUU